AGGAGGCGAAGGGAAAGGUCGGAGAGGCGGGGGCGCAUUCCAAAAGCGCGCCCGUAAAAGACGGAGAUGAAAGGCGUCUUGUCUCUCCCACCUACCCCCAACUCUGCCGGCUGGCAGUCUACCACCCCGGGGAAAGCUCCGAGUCGGUGAUACGCCCGCUCUCGAUUGCCUUUUUAAGGCGCAGGCGGCAGCUUCUUCUCUCUCUCUUCCCCCCCCCCGUCCCCCUCCUUUAUCAGCUCUCACUGCAUCGCCCCUUUAAUAGCCGCUCGCUCGCUGGUCCCUUCUCUCCUCGCGGCUGGCGACGCCGCGGUUCUCCUGCCACCGCGAGACGGAAAGGCGCGCGCAGAGAGCGGCGUUCGCGGGGAGAGCGAGGAGAAGAGUAGGCGAGGGAUCCUGCCGGGGCUGGUUGGUGAUCUCAGCCGCAGCUGCCUCCCUCUCUCGGCCCCGCUGUUGUUGCUGCCACUCGGAGCUGCCGCCGCCGCCGCCGCGGUUCUCUUCCCCCGAGGCCCGCUCGCUGCAGCAUCCACUCCACCGCCGCGUCCUCCUCCUCCUCCUCCUGGAGCCUCGGGGCAGGUCGUGAUGUGAUCGGCGGCGCGUCCCUUGGGGGCCAUCCCCAGCGGGAGUCUCAGCACGACGGAGAGGGUGGUGGAGCAGCGGGCCAAGGGCCGCGCCCCCAUGAAGGAGAAGGAGGCGGGGGCGGCCGGGGAGCGGGGCAAGCCGGCCACUUACACCGGGGACAAGAAGGCGCGCAUGGCGGCCAAGACCAACAAGAAGUGGGUGCGCUUGGCCACCGUACUAGCCUACGUACUCUCCGUCUCCUUGGCCGCCAUCGUGCUGGCCGUCUACUACAGCCUGAUCUGGCAACCGGUGAGGGGCGGCGGUCAGCCGCACACCCAGUCCCAGCCGCCCGAAACCGCCCCCAGCCCCCUGCCCCCCGGAACCAGCGACGGAGACGCCCCGGCGACGAGGCCUGAAGACGGAGUCGGCGGCUCCUCGUUUCCGGAAAAUCCCGGCGACACCUCAUCGCCCUAGGGACUCGCUCCGGCCCAGGAGGCCGGAGGCACAACUCCCCCAACGGCGUCGGAGCCCCCGAUCACGGAGGACGGGAGGCCGCCAGAGGGAGAGCCGCGGCGCCGCCGCCGCGAGAAACAGGACCCCCGGACUCCCCUCGCCUUGCUCCGCGCUCUCCUGCGGCCGCUCGGCCCCGCCGCAGGACCCCGCCGCCCACCGUGGUGGACACCGAGGGCGCGGGGCUCAGAGACGCCUUUCCUUUACCUUGCCCUCUUGGCAAGACUGGGCAGGGAAGACUGUAAUGGUGUUAGUUUUUACAAAUAUGGUUUAUUAAUCAAUAAAUAGUGGGGGAGCCACGUGAAACGGAGCUCAGGUAUGUCAGCCUCUCUGAAAUGUACCCUGAUGCAUUUCCUUUGUAUUCUUGUGUAUAAACUCUUUGUAUACAGAUGCACUUAGUUAAUGCAUAGAAAGGAGCUAUAUAGUCUAUAUUCUGUACCCACAUGUACUGGCAGAGCAGAUGUAGAAUGGUGUUCAAAGGGCUAUUGUGGGGAAACUUACUAUGAAAUUCACAGCCAACCUGGAGCAGAGAUUGAGACUGCUUCCCUAAGUCCCAGGCCAGUAGUUCUGACUUGACCCUAAAUUUUAUUCCUGUUUGCUUCCCACAUCUUUUGUUAAACAUGGGUUUCUUGCUUUUAAACAAGAAUGAGCACUUAGUGUCACCUUCUCCGGUAAACAUAGUCAGAAAAGAGUUUAUUUCAGAGGCAUUACUGUUCUCACUUAUACCCCAAUCUUAUGUCUGAAGUCACAGGAGAGCAAACUUUUGCAAUACCUGUUCCUGACCUUUCCUAGCAAAGCUACAUUGGAUUUGAUGCUCAUUUAAUUAGUUCUGUGCUAUUUCUGCUGUGUUGUAGUUG